UCAUUGGUCUUCAUGGGGGCAAAGAGUCGGAGCCAGCGAAGAGGCCGAGAAAUUUGAAGCUAUCACAUCUGAGCUGGCACAUGUGAGCUGAGGCUAGACUGGAGUUUCUAGUCCGUGAUACUGAAGGGAAAGUCAGAAACCUCAGUCUCCACAUGACACUCAUGUCUCUGCUCGUCACAAACCUUUCAACUUUUUCAGCUGGAGUUGUGGCACCGUGUGGUGUCAAGCGUUCAAUCCUUCGGCCCCAAUCCUUCAGCGUGCCUGACAAUCAUAGGCCAGCACAACAACAGCACAGUACAUGUCGAGUCCACUACAUCCACACCUGUUGUAAUCUUCAACGGCCAUCCCAAUCCCAUGGGAAACCUGCAAGAUAUCACACAUGGAAUCCUGAACGGCUGAUGUCGUGCAUAUCAAAAAGAAGAAGCAAGUCCGACCGGGUUGAGAGUUCAUGGCUGUGGAUACUCCGAUCACUUUUCAGCUGCUGGCAUCGACAUGUACUCGGAGGAGACAUGUAGUCAUGAAAUCUUGGAGCCAUCACAGCUGGAGGUGAUUAUCAACCAAAGACAACAAGAUAUCAUGAUGUCCAUAUCCCGCAGUGGAUGCAGCGGGCACAGUGGAUUGCCCUGGUGUUGAUGCUGUGAUGCUUCGGAGUUUCUUUGUGAGCA